AGGCUCUAACAUGGUGAAGUUUCUGCUGAUUGUUCUUGCAUUAGGUGUAUCCUGUGUACAUCAUGAAAAUCUUGAUAUCAGUCCCUCAGAGGUUAAUGGGGACUGGCACACCCUUUACAUACUUGCAGAUAAUGUGGGGAAGGUAGCAGAAGGUGGAUCCCUGAGAGCUUACUUUCAGCACAUGGAAUGCGGUGAUGAAUGCCAGGAACUCAAAAUCAUAUUCAAUGUCAAGUUGGACAGUGAGUGUCAGACACACACUGUUGUGGGACAAAAACAAGAAGAUGGGCGGUACACUACUGACUACUCUGGUAGAAAUUACUUCCGAGUUGUGAAGAAGACAGAUGACAUUAUUUUCUUUCACAACGUUAAUGUCGAUGAGAGUGGAAAGGAGACAAAUGUGAUUUUAGUUGCUGGUGAGAGUGGUCUCUAUCAUAGAGUUUCUACUGAUAUGAUAAGCACUAUGACCCAAUGA